AUGCUCGGGAAGAAUGUACUUCUCGCCGUUCUAGCGGCACUGACGGCAGUUAAUGCCCAGGGCGAAUACUUGGGCUUCAACUACGGUGCCCACAGGGCUGACGGCUGGACACUUAAAGUUCAUGAUGACUUCUUGGAAGAGUUCCAAUUCGCUCAGAAACUUGCUGUCGGCGGCGGCAAGUUCAGCAGCGCCAGAUUGUACACCAUGAUUCAAGGCAAUGAAGGAGACGAACCAAUCGAAGCCAUCGAGGCUGCCAUCAAGACAAACACCACUCUCUUGCUCGGAAUGUGGUGCUCUAUCGAUCCUAAGUACGAUCCUGUUGGGCACGUCAAAAAAGAAAUCAGCGCCCUCAAGAAGGCUAUCACAAAAUAUGGGUCGGCUUUCACAGACCUUGUCGUCGGUCUAUCCGUUGGUUCCGAAGAUCUUUACCGGAGCUCCGCUAUGGGAGUCAAGAACAAGUCUGGAAUCGGUGCCAAGGCAGAAGAGAUCGUCGAGUUUAUUGGCAUGGUCAGGAAGGCCAUUGCCGAUACCCCAUUGAAAGGCACACCAAUCGGUCACGUCGAUACUUGGACAGUUUGGGUCGACGGCUCCAACAGGGCCGUUAUCGAUGCCUUGGACUGGAUUGGUUUUGAUGGAUACCCUUACUUCCAAUCUAACAUGCCAAACAACUCGAUCGAGGCUGCGGCUGAUUUGUUCUGGGAAUCCUACGAGGCCACUAAACAGGCUGUCAGCGGCAAGGAGGUCUGGAUCACCGAAACAGGUUGGCCCGUCACUGGUAAAGAUAUGGGUCUCGCCUCUGCCAACGUCAAGGAGGCCCAGAAAUACUGGAAUGACAUCGGUUGUGCUCUCUUUGGCAACUACAAGACUUGGUGGUACAUGCUCCGUGAUGCCGACCCAACCCCACCAGAGAUCGAAUUCGGUAUCGUCGACGCCAAAUUCCAGCCUUACUACGAUCUUAGCUGCAAGAAUGCCAAGCCAUCCCCUAGCCCCGUUGCCGUUGUAUCCACUAGCUCUGCCGCCCCCAGCACUGGUGCUCCAGCCAGUACUUCUGCUCCAUCCACUAGAGCCCCUGGUAUGUCUAUUUCCGAUCUGUCAUCGUACUCUACCAUUGAUUCGUCGCGACUUAACACAAUUGCUUUAACUCCCACAGGUUCCACAUACGAAAUUGAAUCAUCCACACGCGAUUCCGGCUCCCCAACCAACACUGCCCAAAGUGCUGCUAAGACAACCGACGCCGACGCUCCAUCAUCUGGUUUCGCUGUCAAGGCAACCAUUGGAUUUGUCGCCGCUCAAGCCAUUGCCGUUGCUUUCUUCCUUUUGUAA